GCAUGACAUCUCCUUAGCCCCAUCAUCUCCAUCCAUCGGCAUGCAAGUGGACUAACCAACCCAAAGGGGAAGUUAAAGAACAAAGCAGAACGACGGUCAUGAAAGCAGAGCCGCUUUCUGUUUGUGUGGUACUUCUAUUUCUGACUGUGAAUCCAAUGGUCUUUACUUUGGCGUUCCCUCACAGUUGCCGACCAGCAACAUGGACCAAGUCCGUGUGGAACGUUCUUCGUCCGCAGUUCCUGGGUGUUGAGAGAAGAUCUUGCCGAUGGAUGAGCCAGAAAGACAACGCAUCACCGUCGACGGGUCCAGACAUGGACGGUGCCCAAAUCGAAGAAAGGGAGCAACUGCCAACAUCACCGUUGUCGUCCACUUCGUCCAAGCGCAAACGACCGAUCGAAUAUCCCCCACCGCCGGCACCGUCCGAGUUUCCCGACUGGGCUUACGAAGCGCGCGACUUCUUUCGUUUCGAAAUCCUGCACGAGUCUUCUAAAAGUGGUGCCCGAGUCGGUCGCAUACACACACCGCACGGGACGAUUGACACACCGGGAUUUGUCGCUGUUGCGACCAACGCGGCACUCAAGGGUGUCGAUUUUCGUGACGCCGACAAUGCGGGACAACAGCUCAUUUUUUCCAAUACCUAUCACCUCUUGCUACAUCCCGGACCCGACAUUAUUGAACAAGCUGGAGGUAUACACAAAUAUACCAGGCGCAAUGGACCCUUCAUCACCGACUCGGGCGGCUUUCAGGUGUUUUCGUUGGCUUACGGGUCGGUCUACGAAGAGCUUUCGUCCAAAGGCGAACUGAAGCGGGCGAGCGUAAAAAAAGAUCGCGACGGCUCACGAGCAGAUGUCAUGGGAAAAGACGCAGUCAAGGUAACCGAAGACGGCGCCAUUUUUCGGAGUUAUAGGGACGGCACGAAGUUCUUACUGACUCCCGAAACAACUGUGCAAGCACAAAAGAAGAUUGGCGCCGAUAUAAUUAUUCCCCUGGACGAGUUACCAGGUUACUACACUGAUCGCCAACGUUUGGUUGAGUCGGUGGCGCGAACACAUCGAUGGGAGGCUCGCAGCUUACGAGAGCAUUUGAAAGACACCAAAGAACAGGCUAUGUAUUGUGUGGUGCACGGAGGAGUCGACUACGAAUUAAGGAAACAGAGUGUAGACUAUCUCACGUCACUACCCUUUGAUGGGUAUGGCAUUGGUGGCUCAUUGGGAGACGGUCGGGAGGAACUCAAGGACCUAUUGACGUGGCUCAUGCCAAUGUUUGAAGAAGGGGACCGCAAGUUCAAGCCACGGCAUUUGCUAGGUAUCGCGGACGAAGAGAGCAUCCGCAAUGCUGUUCCCCUUGGAAUUGAUACAUUGGACUCAUGCUAUCCAACACGCCUCGGUCGUCACGGUACUGUGUUGACGAGGGGCGGAACAAUACGUCUUCAGAGCGGGAAACAUGCGCAAUCAUUUGGUGUACCAAUUGAUUCCGAAUGCCAAUGCUCGACGUGUCAGCACUACGAUCGUGCCUACCUUUGGCACUUGUUUAAGGCAAGCGAACCGAUUGCUAUAUCGUUAGCGUCCAUACACAAUAUUCAAUAUAUGAGUGAUCUUAUGGCACAAAUUCGCGAAGACAUUAUGAACGAUUUGAUCUAGUCGAUUGUUUAUGCUAAUAAUUGAACAGUUAUAUACAGCUGAUUGUUUGGUUACCAGACUAUAAACGAGCUAAAUUUGAAGAACGAGGAAGGCUGCGUGACGCGCGUCUGGAUUUCAAAGCGCCCGUCGGCGUUAGGAGGGAAUCGAUGACCGUCUUCGUGUCUUAGGAAAUUACAACUCUGCCAUUGUGUCAUAUUGCUAACAGCCAGCCCAUUCACUUGGAUCUCUGAUAGCGCUUUCCAGUUGUCCGGUUGCACCAUGCCUUUUGGGCAACGUCCCCAACUACACGCUGCGAAGCAAAUUGCCAAGAAACCUUUAAGG